GUUCCAGUGAUGGUAGCGUCAACCACAGAGCUUUUUAGUUUAGCUCUACUUCCUCUGCAAAACAAGAAAGUGAACUGAUCUUGUGAAGACAUUCACUUGAUAAGUUUCAAAGAGUAUAUGAAGAAGCAAUGGCUAUAUCCAGUGAUUUACUGCCCACCUAUUUUGGAUGUCUAGGACUUUGGUAUGUCCUGGUAUUUGGUUGCAUGCUACUUUUUCAUUGGAGAAAACGAAUCCAUGGGAAACGACGUGCAAGAGCCUGGGUGAAACAGUUAAAAGCUGAAACAUAUUUCCAGCGUGCACUGGAUCACGCAGCUAAGAAAACCCAGCCUGGAGCAAAAGUGGAAGUAUACAAUCUUGCAUUCGAUAGCAUCCCAAAGCUACAUGACAGUUCCCGAUCCAAUGAGACCAUGGCAAAUAGUAAUGGUUGUUCCAUUCCUUCAAUUCCAGACCCAGACCCAUGCAAACCAGUGUUUCAAGAAGUACCUUGUGCUUGUGUUCUCUCUCACCUGCCACCACUGCUUGAGCAUUCAGCAUCUUAUCCAUGCUCUAAAAUUCCAGUCAGAAGCACACCAUACAUUUCAAUUGUGAAAUCUGUCACGUUGAAAAAUGGGCCAUUCAAUAUUGGUAGCAGCAUCUCUUCUUAACAGCAAAUUUAAUGGACAGAGUAAGAUGAAACUGGGGAAGCAAAGACAUUCUCGAAAGUAAAUUUGCUACUUGCUGAUCUGUCCAAUUGUAUGCAUCAUAGGAUUAAAAAUACAGAAUUUAAAAUGCUGUCAAGUUGCAAG